CAACAAUGUCGCUGGAUCCAUCCAUAUUCGAAACCACAGUCCCUUCCCGCUACAUCACCUUCACACUCCCCCUCCCCCACCUCCUCCUCCGCGCCGCCGUCCUCGAUUCCCCCUCCCCCUCCGCCUCUUCACCCUCCUCCACCGCCGCCAUAUGGGUCCCACCAGGCCGCGAAUCCGACUGGAUUUUCUCCACCUUCUCCGGCCACCUCCAGCUCCUCCUCUCCUCCCCCACCUCCCUCCCCCUCUCCCGCCUAAUCCUCCUCGGAAAUCCCCCAUCUUCCCCCAUUCCCACCUCCUUCAAUUCCACCUCCCCUCCACCGCCACCGCCGCAGAAUCUCGCCCCCUUGCUUUUAGGGCUUUCCCCCAAAUCCGAAUUUCUAGGUCACAGUGAAAUCCCAGAAGUGCCCUUGCUGGUUUACGAGGAUGAGGUGGUUAAAAAUUCAAUCUUGGAGAUCUGCGAUGGGCCUUGUGUAGGUGAAUUUCUCAUUGAGAAUGUUGAAUUGAAGUUUGAUGAUGGGGUUAGAGAGUUUAGGAGGAGGUUGAGGUUCAAGAGAAUGCCUAAUUUUGUCCAAUCCCAAAUUAGAAUUCGUCCUAAAAAAGUUUCAAUCUUGGAUAGUUUAGAUGAUUUGGAGUUUGAGUUGGAAAAGGGGGUUUUGGUUCAGCCCUAUUUAAGCCCCAUGGUGGCUGGCAUUGCUGUGAUUCACCGCUUCUUGGAUGGAAAAUCGCGGCCGAGAGCGUUGUGUUUGGGAAUUGGUGGAGGUGCAUUGCUCGGAUUCUUGGCCGAUCGCCUCCAUUUCGAGGUUGAUGGAGUCGAGGAAGACGAGGUAGUUUUAGAAGCUGCCAAGAGGCAUUUUGGAUUGAACAAUGAUGAGUUAAUCCAUUUGUUUGUUGAAGAUGGGAUUAGAUUCAUCAAGGGGGUUGCAAAGAAGUAUGACGUUGUGAUGGUUGAUAUGGAUUCUAGUGAUGUGAUGAGUGGCGUCUCCGCGCCACCUGGAGAGUUCGUGGAGGGCUCGGUUCUAAGGGCUGCGAGGGAGGUUCUUUGCGACCAGGGUGUCCUCGUUGCGAACGUGAUUCCCUCGAGCAAGAUGUUCUAUGAGAGGUUGGUUUGUGAAGUUGGUGAGGUUUUUGAGGAAGUGUAUGAGAUUGAUGUUGGGAAUGAGGAGAAUCUUGUAUUGAUUGCAGCAAAAUCAGGUGUUGGAGAGGGUUGGGAUGGGGAAGAUAGUACAUUUUUGAACAAGUUGAAGUUGGUUGUUUCAUGUAAUUACAUAGAUUCCAUAAGGAGAAUAUCUAACUAGAUGAUGAUCAUAUGAUUUUCUUGGCUU